CAUGCUGCCGCCGCUGCCGCUGCGGCUGCCGCUUCCGUCGUUGCUGCUGCAUCGCUCCCAGGGCUGUUUUGGCCUAGCGUCCCCGCUGUGCGUUCCCCCGCUGGGCCGCUGGUGGCGGACGCAUGCGGCUGCCGGAGGCUGCGCAACAGCGCCACGGAUUGCGGAAACCGUUGUCCGCAGCGCUGCUUCUGCCAGCAUGUGGUGGCAUGCCCAUGCGGCACCGGUCGGAGUUCCUUGCCUCUCAGGAGGAGGAUGUGUGGGACUUCCGCCACGUCAGAGACCAGCAGCGGGAGUCCAGUGGCAGCUGGCACCGUCACCGGAUCGCGGACUCCCACGACGGCUUCGGCGGCCGCGUCAGGCUCCAUUACGAGCACAGGCUGCUGCACGGUGACGACCACGCGCUGCACAACCUGGACGAGCACGAGGACCUGACCCACCUCGGCUGCGAGGGCGGCGCGCUGCGCGCGCACUACGCCCACGGCGGGUCGCGGGGCGCGCGGCUGCUCGGGCCGCACAGGCCAGGCAGGCACAGGCUCACCACGCUCCGCGUGGGGUCGUCCUGGGGGUGCGACGCGGGAGUGCUGCCGGGCGGGACGCCUACCAACUUCUUCCGCGUCCUGGGGCACGACUGCCUGGAGGCGGACGCGGGCGGCUGCCACCACCACCACUUCCGGGUGGAGCCCGCGCACCUGCUGGAUGUGUUCGAGGAUCUCCACGUGGACUUCCGCUGGCGCUCAUCUGGCGGCGCCAGCGCCAGCGCCGGCGCCGGCACAGGCGCAGCCAGAGCGGGCGCGGCUGCGGCGUCGGCCCCCGCCGCCCGCGGGCUGCUCGGGCAGCCGCAGGCGCCCGCGCGUCAGCUGGCCCACAACCUGCCGCAGGGCGACCACGAGCUUGUGCUGAACCCGCCGAUGGCGACGGAGGAGGAGAUCGAGGCCGCCUGCCAGGGCGGCGUCAUCCCAGACUCCCACAAGUGGUGGAGCUGCGACGGCUCGGUACUGCAGGAGCACCGCCGGAGACGGGGGCACGUCACGAGGUACGGCCCGUGCGUCUGCCCGAAGGGAUCUUGGUGGGGGAACAAGGGUAGCGUGUGGGCCUGCUGGACCGACCUGUGCGACAACAUGGUGGACAUGGUCGUGGGCUACGACACCUCCAUCAGAACAGCAAGAAGCGGCACGAACAUAAGCUUUCGGAGGUCCGGGCGGUUGUCUUCCCGGCGCGAGGAGCGCGCCAGAGGCGGCGCCAGGGGCGUGGAGAGGAGCGUCCAGCGCCGACCGAAGCAAUGCGCGCGGACCUCCGAAAGGUGGUUCCCAUGCCGUUUUCUGGUGUUCUGUCCAUGUACAGCGGGGAGGAGGCCGCCGCGAGGCGCUGCGAGUCGGACCUC